AUGAAUGUGUUAUUAGAGAAAGAGCUUUAAAAAUUGGCAGCAGGAAAUUACCAAAGAGCAUCUGAUAUAAAAGAUUCAAUUGAAAAUAUUCUUUUUGAAAAUUAAUUAAACCAUGCUGAAAUUGGGUUAUGCUCAUCCAAAAUCAUGGCAUCAGAAAAAAGUUUCUUAGAAUUUCUAACAAACCAUGUUCUUGAUAAAGAUACUUAUUAUGCUCAAACCAAGAAAUCCUUGUAUUAAAUUUUAGCAAAAUACAUAAAGAAUUAUGUUCAAUAUGUAUCUGAAUAUUUGGAAUCAAUAAUUAGUACUUGUAUUUAGAAUUUUAAAAAGGAAGAGUCAGGAGUGGCAAAAGAAGCAUCCCUAUUACCCAUAAUGAAAAUCUAUAAACAUUCUGAUUAAUAAAUUUUAGUAAAGCUUUAGGUUCACAAAAAUCUAUAUCAUAUCUUGUUAUAGGAAUGUUUGGAAACUAAAUUAACAGCUGGUGUAAAGGGAAGAAUUUUUUAGACUCUCGGAGUCUUAAUAAAGAGAUUUAAUAACGAUUUAGGGGAACAAGGAAUAUAUUUGCAUGCUUUCUAAUCAAUAAUUAGUUAGAUAAAGAGUAGUAAACCUGAAAUGGUUAUAAUUGAAGGGAUUCUUAAAUUCUUUAAAUAAUGUUUAAUGUAUCAUCAAUUUAAUCAAGAAUAAAUAUCUUUAUUAUAUUAAGCAUUAGUAACAUUUUGUAAACCAGUUGAGGAUUUGAGUACUUUUAAAGUACCAAUAGCUGCUUGUAAAUGCAUGAAAUAGAAUCUGGAUAUAUUUAGUCACUAUUUGAUAAUAAAGACUAAUGCUUUGACUUUGUUUGAUUAAUAUAUAAAGAUUUUGCAGCAUCGAAAUAGAGAUUUAAAAGAAUGUGUUUAAGAAUUGCUUGAAUUAUUUAUAUAAAAGAUAUCUUAACAAUUGGAUCAUAGUAUUAAUGAUCAUAAAAUCAUAUUUAAUGUGAUUUUAAACAAAUUUAUAGAGAUUUUGAAUGAUAACAAAGCCGAUAUGUUUCUGAUGACUGUCAUUAUUAGAUCUGUGGGACACUUUGCAAAGGCAAUUGCGAAUCUAAGAGGGGAGAAACAAUUGGGAGAUUUUUUUGAUAAGUUAAACGAUUUAGGUUUUGAGAGAGUUUUAUAGGUUUAUGAGGAUUUUUAUAAGGAGGAAGAAGGAAAUAUGAAAAGAGGAGCAUAAUUUAAGGUUUUGCUUUAUAGAUAAAAGUAAUUAAACUCAUUUCUGAUAUCAUAUGCUAAUAUCAUUAAGAAUCUCAGUAAAAUAUCUGAUAAGCAAAUUCAACAUUUAUUUGCUUUAUGUUCUUUAUGCAUUAAAUAACAUUAUAAUUAUUUUGAAAAUUAUAGACCUUAUUUAUAUGAUGGUAUGGCAAACAUCAUAAUCUCGAUAUUUGGACACUAAACUAUAGGCAUACAAUUUGUGGGUUCAUUGUUAUCAAAAGGAGUGAUAGAAGGAUUGAAAUUAGGAUAAAAUUAACUUGAUGGAGAUUUGUACAUUAAGACCUGCUAGGAGAUGUCAAAAUUUUGGAUUGGAAUUAUUGAAUAAAAAGUAUGGACAUAGCAUUAUUUAACAAAAUUUGUAAAACAAUUAUUUGAUUAAAUCGCAUAAUUGAUUUAAAAUUGUAAUUUUGAGUCAAUAUAGAAGGAAGUUAAUUAAAUAGAUGAAUAAAAUCAAUAAUAAUACACAUUAAAAAUUUAGGAAUUUAGAAAUUUUGCAGUUAAUCCAACUCAAUUAACUUAAUUUCAUAGAUUCAUUUUAAUGUUAUCAGCUUUAAUCCCUAAAAUUCCGAUUGAAUCUGCUGUGAUCUCCAUUUUGAAUUUACUUAAUUUAGUGCUAAUAAAGAUUAGAAAAUACCCGAAGGCAUUAUUGUUACUGAUAUUUGCCAGGGUCUUAUUAAAAUAUAUAAAAGAAACCUAAUUAAUAAAUUAGUAAUUUUUUGAAGCAAGAUAAAAAUAAAUAUUGAUUAAUUUAAUAUUAAAAUUAAAGGGAUUGAUUUAGAAUCAUUUGAAAUCAUAUAGUUCAUAAUUAUAAAUUGAGGCGUUAAAUGUCUUAUUAACAAUUCCUGUUGAAUUCAUUGUAAAAGAUAACUAUUUAUUACUAAAAUCAGAAUACAUUCAGAUUAUUAUUAAUGCCUUUUAGAUGAAUAGUAAUUCACUAUCAUGGAGUGCCAUCGAUUUAUUGAUACAAUUGAUACAGUCAGAAUACAAUUAGAAGAACCAAAAGAAUUUAAAAUAUCUAUUGAAGAUAUUAAAGAAUGUUAUUCCUAAAUUAUCAUCAUAUAUGCAAUUAGUCCCAGAAUAAGAAAAGCCAUUUUAUACUCCAAUCUAAUAUAUAGAUAGUAUUAGUCCAAACAUUUUGUUGUCUGAAUCACAUAUAGAUCAAAACCAUAUAGUCGACAAAGUUAGAUAUUUCUUGGGUUCUAUUGGAGGAUUAUGUCAUCUGAUAGUGGAUGAGACGUAUAAUGAAUCCCUUUUGGCCCUUGAUUACAAUAGCCCAAUAACUAUAAACAUCCCAGUUGGUUAAAGGAAAAUGAAACUUCGAUUUGGACAAUUCUUAGAAAGAAUUUUAAGUUUGUGUCUAAGUGCCCCUUUAGAAAAAUCCAAAAUUUAUGCUUGUGAAUUAUUGCAAGCCUUUGCUAUUUACAUGAUUGGUGACCAAGCAGUUAAUGGAACAAAAGCUGUGGCUCAAAAUACGAAGAAGAAAUUUGAGUAUGCAAACAUUUAUAAAAAAAUGUUCCCUGUUAUGAUAGAGAUCAGCAACACAAUGGAUCAUCCAUGUAGAACAUAUUUUAAAGAACAUCUUACAAGAAUAGUUCACUGGUUUGCCAAUUCAAAGUAAUAUGAAGCCCCAGAUGUGGCAUAAUUAUUAGAUUGUUUAUUUGAAUAACCAAUAAAUAAGGAGGACCCUUAAUUAGAAUAAUUUUGUUCUUAAUUAAUAGGAGAAUUCAUCUAAUGGACUUUAAAAUAGACAACUCCAGAUUAGUUGAAGUUAAAUUACUCAAACAUCAAAACUGUAAUGAGAAGGAUUAUCACAUAUGCUAAUCAUCCUGAUUUUAGAUAUAAGAGUAUGUCAUUAGAAUGCAUUUUAUAAUUUGUUAAGCACACCCAAUAGGAAAAGUUUAUAGUGUCGAAAUAUUUCAUUGAGAUUGUAGAACAAUUAAAGUUCAUUUUUAUAGUUGAGGAUAAAGACAUCAGCAGAAUAGUGUCUAAUACAAAUAAUAUUAUAGACAUAAUAAGUAAUGGAUUUGAAAGAUUUACCUAAGAUUUAUUAUAAGAAAUGAAGGGAAGAUAAGGAAAAAAUAAGACUUUGUAUUCCUUACAUGAAUUCUUAUUGAAUGAAGCUAUGAUUGGCAAAGACGGAGGAUGGCAAUAGGCAACACUUAGUCUCUGGUAUUUGAGUGUUAGCAAGACAUAAAAAGUAAUUAAGAAAAAUGCAAGAGAACUCUUGGUUGAUUAGAUAGCUGAGAUCGGGUAGAAGAUGAAGUUGUUUCCGAAAUACCCUAUAAAUAGAUUACAGGGAGAGUAGAAUUAUACUUCUCUUCGUUUAGACGCUGAAUCACUUUCUUGGCAAUGCAGAAUUUGGCAAUUUAUUCAUGAUCGAAACUUAUUCACUUUAGAUGAGAUCAUUCAAUUUGAUGAUUAUCUGAUAACAACUUACAAUAUUCAUCAAUUUCUAAGAUAUUUUAUUGUCAAAAACUAAAAACAUUUAAUGGAUGAAUCCCCUUUAUUUGAUAUGAUCAUGACAUUAACAUAAGAUAAUUUCAAUCCAUCAUAGAAUUUCUAGAAUGAUGCAGGCAAUAUUGACAAUUGGCUUGCCACUUCAUUACCUGAGAAGUUAGUGGAGUAACUAAUUACUACUUUUGAAAGAGUAUAUAAAUUUGUAAGGACAUUCCAUAUUGAUGUUGAAUAAUACUACAAUCUAAGUAUUGGAAUCAUUAUAAGACCCUCUUAUUUCUUAAAAGGAAUUCAAUUGGAUUUGUACUUUGGAUAGGUUGAUAGUGUUGUUAAUGAAGCAUAAAGGUUAUUAUAAGGAACUAUAAAAUUUACUGAAUUUCGAUAAGUCUUAAAUGAAAUCUUCGAUAAUUAAUUCGUUUCAUUUGCGUAAACAAUUACUAAUAAAGAUUUAAUCAAAGACAUUAAUGAAUUGAAAUUCUUCUUAAAGGGAUUGAAAUGGAUUUCCAAUUAAUGUUCCGAUGAUUAGGAUAGUAAUAAUUUCUUUUAAGAGUGCAUCGAUUAACUUGGUUAAGUGGUUAUUAAUUUUGAAUAGGGAAAUGAUUAAAUUAAUAAUAUCGAAUAUGUUACUCAUCUCUUUGAAUUCUUACUUUCAGAGUAAAGAGCCAAAAACUUUGUUAUAUCUAAUUUAAUAAAAGCCUCUGACUUUAGAUAAAAGUACGAGGAAUAACUUAUAGCCUUUGUCGCUAGAAACUUUGAAUCUAUUGGUCAAAUCUACUUUUAGUAUAUUUGUAAGGAGACUCAUUUAUUUAGAUAGGGAAUAUUAUUGGUUAACAAAGUACCUUAAAAUUAAGUGCAUCAUUUUUUCAAGUUUCAAUUUAAAGUAAAUAGAGAAAACUCUGCUCUUUUAUUAUUGGAAAUUUAAAUCAAUAAUAUUGUUCUGAAUCAAACCAAAAACAUUAAUAGAGAAUAUGUAAAAGGUUUAUUAAAGGAUGGACUGAACACAGGUAGAUCAAUCGAAAUUCACAUUGACGCUCUAAUAUUAUUUGGAUUGUAUAUUAAACAUAUAGAUACAGAUUUACCCAAUUAUCUAAAUGAUUUGGCGAAUAAGUAUUUCCCCAUUAAGAUUUCAGACUUAAAGAAAGGCUCAGCAGAAGAGUUGAAUUUCAAAACAAUUCUGAAAAAAUUAACAGAAAUGAUUAAGCUUUGUGGAUAGAUUUAAUAUAUUGAAGUAUUAUUUCCACUGUUAAGACAAGAUUUAAAUUUUGACUUGUUUAUUUAAGAAUUCUUAUAAAUUAACCAAGAAUCUUACCAAUAAUUGAAAUGGCUCAUGUUAUAAAUAAAAGACGAGCAAUUAGAUACUAGCACCCUCAAUAAUGUGAGAAUAGCUUUGGGUAAUAAAUUAUUGAUUCCUCUUUUGAGUAAUUCCAACUUAUUGUUAGAGUUCUAUUCAGAAUUCACACCUUAUCUUUUGUAAUAGUUGAAUGUAACAUGGGAUGAUAAUUGGAAGAACAUGUUGUUUCAAUUACAAUGGAGAGGUCUUAUUUUUGAUCUAUUUGGAAUAGCCUACAAGAGGAUGUCAACUGAAUAAAUAAAAAAACAAUUACAUUAAAAUCUGAAGUUCUAAGCUGAUAAUGAAAUAACCAAGAAAUUGAUUGUAGAUUGUAACAAAGCUAGCAAAUUCAAAUUUGAGAAGAUUAACAUUUUGAAUAUAAAUCAAAAGGAAAUUCUCUCUUAAGUGAAUUAUCUGAAAAUAGUAGAAGAUUAUUAAAGCAGUGCCUUUAUUACAUACAUUUAUGUGUUGAUGAAAACAUAGACUAAGGAAAACAUAUUUUAUGCUCAUUUAUUCAAGAAAGAAAGAGAUAUAUCUUAUUGGGAUAAUUUCAUAAAUAAAGAAUGGUAAUUUAAUUUUUAAGUUGAGACAAACUUUGAAGAAAAACCACUGUAUACUGAAGUCAAGAAGUAAUAGUAGGAUUAUUUCUAGGAGAAGAUUGUCAAAAAUUAUCUAUAUACAGCUUCAUUAUCAGUUGAGUAAGUUACAGAAACCACAAUGGAAAUUGAAGAAGAGAAUGAGAAUCUGUAAAGUACAGUUGAAGUGUAAAAGAUCGAGAUGGAUGAAGUUAAUAAGCAUAAAUUGAUGAUACCAAUGUUAUCUUUGAUAGAUUUUAUGGCAAACAAACAGAAUUUCUAGUAAUAGAUAGCUGGGUAAUAGCAAACUCAAUAGACAUAACAAUAGGAAGAAGAAAUGCCUAGCUGGAUGACUGCUAUUAAAUAAGUAUUCAAUGAUGAUAGUCUUUAUUUGUCAUUGAAGAUAUUCAUGUUAAAAUUGAUAAUCAACAAAAGUGAUAUAUUUAAUAGGUAUGCAUCAGGAUGGAUAGGAGUUUUGCUAGAUUAUUGUACAAAAGAGAACAAAAUCAAUGGUGGCAAAGGAUUUCAUUAUUUCUUGAGAGAUGUCAUUGUAGUCUUGAUUAAAUUUUCAUAGAAAUUAGAAGUUAGAUAGGAGUAUCUUUAAAUGCAUCCAUAAUCUAGAAAUAAGAUAUGUUCAGUCAUUAACAAUUUGAUAAUGUUAUCAGCAGAUAAAAAUAGAAAAAUAUUUGACUAGAACAUUGAAAUUAUUGGGAUGUUUGUUUAAUUAUAUAGAGAUUCGAUGUACAUUUGUGAUAAAUCAAUAGUUGAUAUGAUUUCCAAAAAGCCUGAUCAAAAGAACUAAUAAUUAGAUCCAUAAGCAGAAGAUACUUCAGUUUUAUGGUAGGCAAAUGGAUUAGCCAUAUUACAUAUUGCAUUGUUAAAUAAUGUGGUAAUUUUAUAGGAUUAUCCAGAAUUUGUAAGAACUGCUAAUUCAUCACUUUAUGAGAAAUAUAGAUUUAUUUUAUAAAAGCAAUCUCACAAUAUUAAAUUCCCAACUGAAUAAAUUAAUAGAUUGGCCUGCACAUACACUACAAAAAAGCAUGUUCUCAAAGGAAUUGCAAAUGUCUAUGGAAGUGUAUUGUAGUGUUGUCAAUAUUUAAAGGUUUCUGGAAAUGAUUAUGAGUAAGAAAUCAUAAACAUUGUUACUGGUAUUAAGGCUGACAAUCGACCAGGUUAUGGCAAAGAGAAGUUCACUACAUUCAUGAAGAUUCUGACUUUUGUCUACCCAAAAGUUUUAAGCAACAAUAAGUUGUUCUAAGAAACAGCAAAUUUAAUAGUUUAGGCUUCAAACAAAGAAAGAGCAGAGAUUUUGAGAAUAUUUAGUGAAUUUUUAGAAUAGAUUGAACAAUCUACUUAGGAUCCAGAAUUUUAUAUUAAUGAAAUUGUGGUAUCAAUUAGUGGAAGUAUUGAUAAGGUAAUUGAAGAUCAAGAGGAAAGUGUACAUUAUGCAUUAUUGAAUUUGUUAAAGUAAUUAGUUUAAUUGAAAUGUUUGAAUGCUUGCACUGACUUGAUUUUACAUUGUUUUAAUUAGAUUUUAGACAAAAUAGAUUAAAAAUAUGGAGUAGAUAGAGAUAUAGGGAUUGUAAAAAUUUAUUAGAACAUUCUGAAAUUGUUACAUGAGUACUUAAUAAAUUAUGAUCAUAAGGAACUGUAAGGCAAAGUUACAACUUACAUCUUAUCAUUAUUUACAUCUCAACAUAUUGAGAUUCGAAACCUGUGUUUUAAGUACUUGCAGGAUGAUUUAGAACGCAAAGCUAUUUAAUUAUAAUACUAGGCUGGCUAAUAAACAACUUAGAUUGAUAGAGUGAUUUCUUUAAUGAAGGAUAUUUAUUAGCCAUCAAAGGAAACCUUGUGGUUGAAAGGAGCAGUUCCUCUGUUAUUAAGUCAGAGUACAAAGACACAAGAGUAUGAUGCAUUCAUGUUUGAUAAGAAUCUAAGUGACGAAGCUCAUUAUUAUGAUUAGGAAUUCAACAAUAAGAAAUAUAUCAGAUAAAACAAUAUGUCUUAGAUGGCAGGAACUCAAUUCGGGUCUUAAUUCACCUCAUCAUCUUAGCUUUUAAGUUAAGCCAUUGGAGCUAGUCAAAAUAAUCCAGGGAACAAGAAUCCCGUCAAUUAAAAAUAAUUGAUAAGAGCAACUCAAGAAGUUAUUUAAUAAUCAUAGUAUUUUGAUGAGGAAGGAUUCAGAAUUCCAAUGAAAUCAAAUAGAUCUCAUCUUUCUUAAUUUCUUUAAGCAAACGAAAUAAGUUUCUAAUAGAUUCAACUAACAUCAAACAAUUAGAUCAGAUACAAACCAGAGUCUGCCACUAGUCUAAGAGACCCAACCAAAAAAUACUAUAAGCUUAAAUCACAAUAACCAAGUUCAUAAAUGUACACUUCAACUUAGGAGGGCUUUGAGAAGUUUGUUUAGAAUAGAGUUCGUAAAUAUAGAGAAGGAGAUUUGCCAGACAUUAAAAUAAAGCAUAAGGAUAUUAUUGAUCCUUUGAUCGUGUUAUGUUUUGAAGAUGAAGAAUUGGCAGGAAGAGUAUUUACAGCUCUUUUUUAAGAAUUGUAUGACAGAAACACAUCAGCUGAAACUCUGUAUGAAGUUCUAUUAGGAUUAUUAUAGAGAUCGUAAUGCAAGACAUUCAUCUUUAUCUCAACUGUCUUAAGAACUCUCCAUUAAGUCUUAUGCAAAUCAGGAAUUCUAUUGCCAGAAAAUAAGAUUGUCAAAAAAAUCGGAUUAGAAUCUUUGGCUUAUUAUCAGAGUAUGAUUUUGACUGAAGAGUGCAUUUUGAGAUUGUAAGAAGAUAAUGAAAAUUAAGAAAUUAGAAAAUCCUUCUUUUGGAUGGAUCUUAUGGAUUUGCAUCAAAGUUAAGGCAACAAGGCUUAAAUUGAGGGAAUUAUUAACGAAUUGUUCAAAGAUAAGCCAGCCUUUGAUUCCAUUAAAUAGGCUAUGGACUAUAAACAUUAGUAUUCAUAUGUAAGAGCCAAUUAGCAGUUGGAAGAGUUGUUAGAUGAAAUAAAUUAGGAAGGGUAUGAUGAAGACACAAUAGAUGGGAGAAUGGUUCAUUACUUAUAAUAGGAGUUUGAAGAUACAUGUAUGAAAUUGGGGUAAUGGGAAAAAUUGGAUGCUUAAUUGAAAGAUGUAACUUAAUUAACAGAUCGAGAAUUAAAUGCAAAUUUACCAUUAAUAAGAAGGACAUUCCAUAAAUAUAUGUCGAUCAAUAAAACUGGAGAAUUCGAUCUUCAGAAAGCAAAGUAUUUGGAAAGAAGAACUGAACAUUUGGCUGAUGAAUUUUUAUUAGAAAAAACUCUGAUUCUCAUCUCAGAAUAAGACAUUGAUUAAUCUAGAUACUUUCUUCAAAAGGCGUAAAGGAGAUUCUUAACGUAAUGGUCAAGUUUACUAUCUUAAAAUGAAUUGCUAUCUAAAUAACUUAGACAUAAACAUUUAGAAUAGUUGCAAAUGAUGCAUGAAAUGGGGGAAAUACAGAGUAUUUAUAGUGGAGUCGAAAUUGAUAUCGAUAAAAAGAUGUAAAUAUUGAACACCUGGGCUGUUCGAUCUCCAUCACUUUAAGAUAGUUUAUAUACUUGGAAUAGGAUCUAUUAAAAUCGUUUGAUCAUGGCAAAUCAAACUCAUCCUGUAUUGGGAAUGUGGGCAUUACAAUUUGCCAAGGGAGUUGUUUAAAUGAAUUAUUUCUAAUAGGCUGCUAAUCUAUUGUCCAUAUGUUUCAAAAUUUACAAGUGUGAAAAUUGGAGCACUUAUUCAACUUUGGCCAAAUUGAAACUAAAAGAAGAAAGAUUCGAAAGUGAUUAAAGGGAUUUAGAAACCAUCUAUUAGAAAUUAAAUGACAAUUUUGAUAGAUACGAUCAACAUAAAAAAUUAAAACUCUUUUUCAGUCAAUAAGCCUAAAAAAACACUGAAAAACCAGUAUAAUUCAGAUUUAACAUGCUCCCCAUCAUUAGUAAUUAGCAUUAUCUAAAAAUCAAUCAAGAUUUAGUGUUCAUGUUUAAUUAAGAAUCUAGAAAACAUAACAAUCGUUACGAUUUUAAUCCCUUUUAUUAACGUUAUGCUGAUGCCAUAAUGCAAACAUUUAAUGGAUAUUUGGAAUUGUAAAUACAACUACAUGAUGAAAAUAUUAAUCAAUCUAAAUUCUAUAAUAAAGCAGCAAUGUUUUGUGAAAGAUGUUUAAGAGUAAUUGAACCUGAUUCUGGUGGCUCUAAUGAUUUAAGAAAGAUCUUAGAAAAUAAAAAUAUCAGCUUAGAUAUGAUUGCUGAUUAAUUUGUCAGAUAUACAAUCAGUUCAUUUAAAUUCAAUGCUAAUCAAUUAAAUAAAAUAGAAACACUUCUAAUUAAAGUACUCAAAGUUGUCUAAAAGUUUCCUAAUCAAAUUGGCCCUGUAUUUUAAGAUGCUGUGGAAAAAGGACAUCUAAGUACUUGGAUAUUCUUACAAUACCUACCUCAAUUAAUACAUUUAAUUAAUGACAAUGUGAGAUUCUAAUAUUUCAAGAGGAUCUUUGAUGAUUUCAUUAAAAAAUACCCUCAACAAUUUGUUUACUAAUUUAAUGUGACUUAUUAAACAAGAAAGGAAUUCAAACCAGACUCUGAAGCCAGUAAGAUGUUCGAUAAAUUGCAUCAAUGCAUUCCCAAGAAUUAUGCCUUUAUUGAAGCUCUAAAUUAAUUGACACAUCCAGAACAUAGAUUAUAAGCAUAUCUGAAUUAGAUUAAAGAUAAUUCUGAAGACAUAGAUACCGUUAUUGAUAAAAUUCAGGAAGACUUUUUCUCCAAAAGGGAAGAUUUCUAUGGAAGUUACAAUUUGGCAUUUAUCUAAAAAAAGAAAAAUCAACUCAAUUAAAUAUUAAAGAAUAAAGCUGAUUCACAUACUAUUAAUUAGUUCGCAUAAGAAAUAUCAGAGGAAGCAAAAUAGAUUCAAGUCAAGAACUAACAAAUGAUCCAUGAUAUGUCUCGGUGGUUCUAAAAUUAUAAUGAGGAAUCAAUUGAUCAAGUUGGCAAAUAAACAGAAAUUCUAAUUCCUAUUCAACUUAGUGGAAUGAAUGAAUUCGAUAUAUAAAUGAUACCAAAAAUAGCCAGUUUUGAUUAGGGGAUGCUUGUAUUAUCUUCAAUUAGGAAGCCGAAGAGAAUCAAGAUAUAUGGAACUGAUGAAAAGCAGUAUCUGUUUUUAGUCAAGGGAGGUGAGGAUUUGAGAUUGGAUUAGAGAAUUGAAUUGUUGUUUGAUGUCAUGAAUAAAAUUCUACCAGAUUCUGAUCUAAGUACUUAUGGAGUGUUCCCAAUGACUAAGUUAUUUGGUAUGUUAUAAUGGGUAGAUAACACUACAGUUAUUAAGGAGAUCAUAGAAAAAGAACAUUAAGAAGAGGAAGGAUUGGAGUUAUUUAAAAACAAAGCACUAUCUAAGAGGGAUGAAUAUGCAGCUAAAGCAGCUAAACGAUAAGGAUAAUAUAACGAAAAAAAUAAAAAUUUUGAAAAUGCUACUGACGUAGUUUCAAAUUUUAAUGAAUAGAAAAAGUAUGUCAAGGAUACAUUAUUGAGAAAUGGUUUAAGCAAAUUAAGUGCAAAUUUAGAAGCUUUUGUUUUUAUCAGAGAUAAAUUCCUUAUUAAUUAUGCAGGUAUAUGUGCUUCUGGUUAUAUUCUUGGUAUAGGGGACAGACAUUUAGAAAAUAUACUAUUAAAUUAUUCAAAUGGUAAUUUAAUCGCAAUAGAUUUUGGAUUCUCUUUUGGUUAAGGAUUAGCUUUGCCUAUUCCUGAAUUGAUGCCAUUUAGAUUGACUUAGGUUUUUGAAGGAUUAGCCAAACCUAUUGGAUUGGGUGGAUUGUACAAGAGUUAGUUUGUUAAGAUAAUGAGUGCUCUGAGAAAAAAGAGACACAUUUUACUUGAUUUCUGUGAAGUGUUUAUUAAUGAUCCAUUGAUUGAACAAAUUAAAAUAGGAAAGAAUAAAGGAAUGUCGGAUGAAUUUAGAUAACGUUUAGAAGAAUAAUCAAAAAUUGAAGAGUAAGUUUAUAAUAGAACUGGAGAUUCUCCCAGAAACAUGAAAUUAAUAGGAGUUCAUUGUUCUUUGAUACUUUUGGAAGAAUUUGAUGAAUCUAGACAUUAAUCAGCAAGAUAUGCUGAUAAUCUAAGAAAGGCUAUUUAAGGAAUUAAUCAAAAUAGGUUAAGGCAUUAAUACUAAAAACAUUAAACUUUGUCUGUGAUUCAAUAGGUGGACUGUUUGAUUGAUUUGGCCACAGAUCCAAAUAUAUUGGGGAGAGCUUGGAAGGGAUGGGCUCCAUUUAUAUGA